CCAAAUUAUAAGAAAAAAAAAAUCCAAAAACUGUCAAUGGCAAAGAGAGGAAAGCUCACGAAAAUCAAGUCGGUGCUGAAAAAAAUGCAGUCUUUCAAGAUCGGUCGCACCAAUUCCAGUUCGAUUGCCGCCGGUAAUUUCUCCGACGAGCGCUCGUCGAAGGACCUCCAUGCCGUCUACGUUGGAAGAUCGCGGCGACGCUACCUCGUGACUUCUGAAGUGUUGGAGAAUCCGCUUUUCCGCGAGCUCGCCGAGCGCGACGAGUCGGCGAUUACCGUCGGGUGCGAGGUCGUUCUGUUCGAGCACCUUCUGUGGAUGCUCGAGAACGCCGAUCCGCAGCCGGAGUCACUGGACGAGCUCGUCGAGUUCUACUCGUAUUAGUCGCACCGCCGCGUCGGGGAGCGAGAUAUUCUACAUUGUACGGUCACUGUGUAUAGAUGACAGUUGUACUGUAUCAAUGUAUGUAUAAUGUAUGUAUGUAUGUAUCAGUUGAAUGCUCUAUUUUUAUUUAUUUUUUUAUUUUUUCUGUUGUCAAUAAUCAGAUUGAUCGACGGUGUAGAUUUGUAAUUCGAAGCCCGAGGAAUAGAUCUGUCCGUUGAUUUAA